ACAAUACCCCAUUCUAAACGCAGUAGCAACAGUCAAACUUAAACAGCGGAAUGCGACCACCUAUAAAUACCCAACACUUCAUUCUUCUCUUUGUUUGCAAUUUCUAACUACCAAGCCGAAACACACACAACCCCAAAUCUAACUAUUUAGUUCUGUUUCCUUCGAAACAUCGGCUGCACAGUAUCCCAGAAGAUCGGACAGGACUUCACACAGACAAACCCAAGCUCUGAAACGCGUGUCCAACACUUACCUCUCGGGUUCUCACUUGUUUUCCGACCAUACCCUGGUCCUCUUUCUCUCUCUAUCUGCCAAAGUUUUCGUCUUUUCCCCUUUUAUUUCAGGAUUCAGUGAGAUUGAGGAGGCUGAGAAGAUGCAGCAGACACCGUCAAUGAUUCCUAUGAUGCCUUCAUUCCCACCUACUAACAUAACCACCGAUCAGAUUCAAAAGUACCUUGAUGAGAACAAGAAGCUGAUUCUGGCAAUAUUGGACAAUCAAAAUCUUGGAAAACUUGCGGAAUGUGCCCAGUACCAAGCCCAGCUUCAAAAGAAUUUGAUGUAUUUAGCUGCAAUUGCCGAUGCCCAGCCUCAGACCCCAGCAAUGCCUCCACAGAUGGCUCCACACCCUGCCAUGCAACCAGGAUUCUAUAUGCAACAUCCUCAGGCAGCAGCAGCAGCAAUGGCUCAGCAGCAAGGCAUGUUCCCCCAGAAAAUGCCAUUACAAUUUGGUAACCCACAUCAAAUUCAGGAUCAGCAGCAGCAGCAGCUACACCAGCAGGCUAUCCAAGGUCAAAUGGGACUGAGACCGGGAGGGAUAAACAAUGGCAUGCAUCCAAUGCACAGUGAAGCUGCUCUUGGAGGUGGCAACAGUGGUGGUCCACCAUCGGCUGCCGGUCCAAAUGAUGCACGUGGUGGAAGCAAGCAAGAUGCUUCUGAGGCUGGGACAGCUGGUGGAGACGGGCAAGGUGGCUCUGCUGAGGGGUCAGAAGCGGCCAAGUGACAUGCUUUUAUGUGCUUUUCAUGAGAUAUAUGACUGUUGAUAGUAGGUUUUUCUUAAAGGUAGGUCUAGUGUGAUCUGAUGACCAUGACCUUUGAUGGGUCAACCAAAGGACUUCUCUUGUUUGAUAGAUUAGGUAGUUGUGUUCCUAGAAUUUUGGCACGCAGCAAGUUUGCAUCAACUGGAACUGCUGUUGCCACCACAUAUUGUACUCGUUAUUGAAAGAGGUGUAAGCAUGUGGUAUUUUAUGAUUACCUUAAUUGCUUGCUUUUUUUUAACAA